AUGUCUGACUCAGAGACAACAGCUCGAGCCGAGAGCUCCGACACCACUUUGGUUUCCUCAAAAGAAAAUAUCAAUGCUAGCGAAAUUCCCGAAACCGAAAACAUCGGCGAUGGUGCCUCUAAACCGGGGGCCUCUGAAGCGAAAAGCAGCAGCAGCGACAACGUAUCGGAGUACUCUUUAGAAUCAAACCAAACCAUUACGGGGGAUGCUGGAACUCAGGAGGAUGAUCCGUCCUCCUGCCCGCCUUCGUCAUCUAGUUCCGAUGCCUACACGGCUUGCAACACGGCGGCUUUCCAUUGGAGGACCUUUACGGACAACGACUACGCCGACUGGAACACCAUAAAACAGCUGAACAAAAGAGUGCCUUUCAUCUCAUUUUUCUCUAUCUUGAAAGUGAAACAGUGUCCGACGACUGUGGGCGACCAGCAGUCGAAGCCAACACUGCAGAAACUGGUUGAGGAGCGGGUAGCUUGUAACUUAUGUGCCACAACCCGCAUUUGGGUAGGAGACUUCGAUCACUUCGACUGCAUUCCCAGUCUGCUCAAGUGCUACUCUGUGUGGUUCGCCACUCGCGACUGGCGGCUCCAGGAGUUUGAGUUCGAGCCCAAUGAUGUGCCAGCCGUUGGUUUCGAAAUGCUUUACAAGUGGAUGCGCACCACGGAGAUCCCUGAAUUGGAGAAUAUUGUGCCGACGCUCCAGGCCGCAAAGCACCUGAAGGUUAGUCUGCUGGAAACCGAGCUCUGGAAACGAGUGUCCCACGACUCGGUGCGGGAGAAACUCGCCUUCCGCUGUUACGUCCAGGCCCAGAAGCUACCAGAGCUGGCAGAGCUACGUGAAAUUAUGCUUUCGCGGAUACGGAAUUACUUUUUGCCAAUGGUGGGAAGUCAGCACUUCCUCGACCUGGAUGUGGACGCGCUGGAGCAGCUGUUGUUGCGUGACACUCUGGGCGUCAACUCGGAGAUGGAGAUUUUCUUUGCAGUGCUGCGCUGGGUGGGUCAUUGCCCGGAGUUGGUCCAUAAGCGCCUGCCCCAUAUGCAGCGCCUGAUGGACUGCGUCCGCUUCCAUUAUGUGCCAAUGACGUUCCUGUUUAGCUUGCGCGAGUCCUGCACGCGCACUGACAAACGUGAAAUCUUCCGCCCAGACCCGGUGCUCCUGGCUCUCAACACGGAUCCCCGCACCAUGUCGCGCAUGGAGGACGCCAUGGCAUUCAUAGGUACCCGAUGCCAGUACAAUACCGAUGAGUUCGUGCUAAUGUGCAGCCGCAAAGCCCUCGAGCUGGUGUACCCACGACUGUGGCAGUACCACCCCAAGUGCUCCUAUCAUGCGCCGAAAUUGGUCUUCCCGUACAAGCACAAGUUCACGGCCACAGACUUUAGCGAAUAUAUUGCAUCACUGCAGGAGGCUUGGUCUGGUGACGGACCCGAAGAUUGGGGCAAGUCGCAGAUGGAGGACUUGGAGCCGGAUAUCUUGAUUUCGAUACGCGAUGGGAAAAAAACAGCGAAAUCGGAUGAAGUUCGCAGCGCAACUCCAACUCCUAGCUCGGCUAGAAGACGAAAAUGA